AGGUCCUCAACACAACUCAAUGUUCUCAUCCGCUGGCGUCAACAUUUUUCAUCCGACGUUUAUUGUUACGCACCAUUUCUUCGGAACUAUGUCUACUUUAAACCUGUUCUCAAUCACGUUGCUGUUGCUUCUUCAGUCCACGAAAAACAAAAGCAAGGCAGAAAGAACAUGACGAAUUAUUUAUCUGCUCGUUAAGGUAGUGGUGAAACAUCUACAUGGAGGUAUUAUUUCUACUCGAAGAUUUCUUCCUGUUUGGCUGAUCAAUCGAUCAUUCUUACGUGCUUCGACGUUGAAAGAGCAACCAAUAGCCAUGGACUAAAUUAUGAAAUAGGUCACAUCUUCGAAUUUGGCUGAAAGAACUACGAGAUAAAUGAUUUUUCACGGUACAUAAAAAUGCUCACACCUCCUGUGGAUGUUGUAUUUUCGUUCCCGUUUUUUUUUGAAAGAUGAAUUCGUCGUCCUCCUCGAAAUCCUCCGUAUGAGAACGGAAAAGGUGCUGAGUAUCGAUUGGCGUCGUAGAGAAAAGUAACAGCGGUUCUAAAUUUAGCAGAGCCCUCACAACAGGUCAUGCAUGACAACCGCUUUUUCGUUUUUGAUUUUGUUCAAAUGAUACUACGCUCCUUUCCGUCGCUCCCCUUUUCCUAUUCCAUAUGCCAACAAACUGGCGUCAAAAACCAAGAGCGGCGCAUCGGCGCAGCCCAAGAAGGAAGACAAGAGCAAAACCUCCGGAAGUAGUAAUGCGAUCGGCCCCGCCAAGCCUUCGAAGCAUUCCUCGACUAAUUCGAAGCAAGAAUCCAAGUCUGGCACCAAGAAGAAGCCAAAAGCCCAAGCGACUGGCUCGAAACCAAGCAAGGUUCUAAAGAAGAAAAAAGACAGCGCUAAAAAGAAGAAAGUGAUUAAGCCGGAAGGUGGUUCGAAAAAGACUAAGAAUACCGCUGCACCAUCUUCCGCUGUGGCGAGCUCUUCGUCUGCUGGAGCUGUGUCCUCAGGUGCGAAGAAAAAGAAACCCGCCACGGGUGGAGAAAGUAAACUCGGAAAGCAGUCAGCUCCGGUUGGGUUUGGCGGGUCCUCUAGCUCUGCGUCUGGCUCGAAGAAAAAAGUUGCAAAAGAAAAGGACAGAAGCAAAGCGGUAAUUCUGCCGAAAGGGUCUGCGGCACUUAGUAGCGCAAAGGGCGGAAGUCGCGGGGCGAAAAACGCUCUUGCCGGCAGUUCCUCGAAGAGCAACAAAAGACCUGCAGCUCUUUCUGCACCGGCGGGUGGUAAAAAACGGCAGCGCGUCAGCGAUUCGGACGAAGACGCUGGGGAAAAGAUGGGGUACGGAAGAUUCUUUGCGAAGAGUUCUGAUUUUUCUAUUAGCAACUUGCACGCAUUUUUAACACUACGUGGCAAAGAAAAGUUGGAGAACUAAAUCAUGUUCUUGAUACGUGGCCGUGGUAUUUCAGCAUUUGUCGUUUUUUUGUAAGUAGGCGCGUUGAACAAAUUUUGACUUUGAGACGUCCCCCAUAUUAACCCAGGCGGUCAUCUCCCAAAAUUUGGUGGCAGCCGAAGAAAAAGCAGGAUGGGGAGGGGAAUUCAGCGAUCGACGAAAAUGGCAAUGCCGGCGAGGCCCAGCAGGGGUCCUCGUCUUCUUCAAAAAGCUCCGGAGCGGCUGCUGCUGCAGCUGCGGGAGGGAAGAAGGGACAGUCGGCGGCUCCGGUCCUGGCCGCGUCCUCUUCCUGUGGUGUUGCGCAUCAAGGUGCAGCUCCUGGGAAGAGCACAAAAAAGAAUGCGAAAGGGAAAAGCAAGUCCAGUUCGAAGUCAAGGAACCGGGGCGCGAGUUCGAAAGGUUCUGCCACAAGAACUGUGAAGAAAGACAACGAGAGCUCCACUGGUGCGCCGCGAUCUUCGAGCAAUGCAAAGGGAGGAAAGAAGUUGUCUGUGAAAGGAACAACCACCAGCAAGAAGCCGGUGACAGAAGAGAUAGAUGAGGAAGGCGAGAGUUCUUGCGGUGAGAAGCAGCAGAAGGGCGGGAGAGGAAAAUCGAAGAAUAGCUCGAAGAAUAACAAGAAUAAUAACGGAAAGAAGUCCUCCACCUCCCCGGCGUCCUCUUCCGCAUUCAAUUUUCAGCCCGGCAAGCGUAAGAAGUCCUCCGCGGACGAAAAGAAGAGUACUUCGCUCCUCCUCGGGGACGACCAAGAUAACUACUCGGACGCAGAAGUAAAGUCAGGCAAGAAGCUGCAGGCGGCCUCCUCGUCGUCCGCAAGGGCUCCGGGCACUUCGAACAAGGACAAAUCUUCCAAAAGCAAUGCAGCGAAAGGGACGAUGUUGGCGAGUACAACGAUGAAAGCGGAUAAAAAAGGCAAUUCCACCGGUGCGACUACCGCAAAAGGGAAGGCAAAGGAACGGAGCAAGUCCUCGAACAAUAAAUCGUCGAAAAAUAAGGUCGCUCCCUUCGAGGAACCGGAGGAGGAGGAAAUGGAAGAAGAAGCAGCUUUCGGAACAAGUAAUAAAAGUCCAAAGUUGAUGUCCACCAAGAACAAAAACCGCCGACGUGGUGGCUCGGGAAAGAAGAAGAGUCCGCCGCCCAUGAAGAGCGCAAAAUCGUCUGUCGCGGACGAGGACGAGGAGGAAGAGGAUGAGCUUUUUGGCAACAACUUCAAUAAAGGCAAAAAGACCACGGCCGCAGCUGGCACAGCGAGCAGCAAGAUGGGUAGUAAGCAAAAGAACAAGCCCGCGAGCAAGAAGAAUGAUAAGCGAUCGCAGUCGCAAAAAAACAAGUCGUCCGCCGCGCUCCAGUUCACUACGUCCAAUUUGGACCCGGCGUCCGGCAAAACGGGUCCCGGCUCCUCGUCCACAGCGGCGAACAAGAAUGCUGCAGCCGGAGCAGCCUCAUCGUCCGCGAACCCGUUUGCGUCCUCCUCCUAUUCGCUGUUCGGACCGCCGCCGACCGGAAGCGCGAAUCACAGCUCCUACUACCUGGGCGGGGGAGGUUCCAGCUCGAGUUCCCGCUGGGCGAACACGGUGAACGGGCUGAAGGAUAAGAAGACGAGGUUUGUCUCCCUGACGGAAUUGAACGAAACGCUGCAGUACUGCAGUGAGGACAUGCUGCUGAACUUCCCGAUGGAGACCGCGAUUCCGAAUCUGCUGAAGAUCGUGGAAGGGGAUAGCAAUGCGAACCCGUUCGAAAUCGCGGACCCCUUUGGAGGCGGGGGCAUGGGCGAGGACCAGCAGACCAACAUGAUUUUAUCCUGUCGGAUUCUGUACACGCUGAUCGACAUCGUGCCGCCGACCACGCGCUUGAUCUCCACCUACAAGGGGAUUCCGAUUUUGGUGCAGAAACUCAUGCAAAUCGACUUCAUCGAUGUGGCGGAACAGGUCAUCUCCGUGAUCGACAAGAUCGUGGACGACUGCGCCUUGCAGGUGCUGCAGGCGAACGGCCUGAUGGCGAUUUUGCAGUUUCUGGAUUUUUUCCACAUCAGCCUGCAGCGGAAAGCGGUGUCGUCCGCGAGUAAGAUGCUGGGCGCGCUGUCCGUCUUGCUGUUGAAUCAGGAGCAGGCGGCCGCGAAAAGUGCGGCUAAUGCGAAAGGAGGCGCCGGCGGAGGGUCAAGCGCCUCGUCGCUCGGAGGUGGUGCGGUUUCGAGUGGCGAAAUGAGCAGCACCCAGCUGAAGAAGACGUUCGAGGACCAGGUGCGCCCGGUGUUACCGCAACUCUCGUCGUUACUUACGCAUCCGGACGCGCAAGUGACCACGACCGUUUGUGAGUGCUGGCGGAAGGUCUUGGAGGCGUUGCUUUCUCUGUCCGCGGUGGAAAGCAGCCGGGCGGCGAUUUUGGCGGGAGGGUCUUCAAAGGUAUAGAAAAGGUGGAAUGAUUUGUUCUUUUCCUGUCGGCACCACAUGAAAAUAAUGCCCGAAGUCGUGAAAAUUAAGCUGCAAUUUUGAACAACAAGAUCAACUCUUUCCUAGUUCUUGCUGCAGCAAAAUGCGUUUCUGUUCAUUUUUCCGUAUUGUAACAGGCGCCCAUCGCAGCUGCACUCGAGUCCGACGACCAGUCCACACUCGAAGAGAUUUGUCCGACUAGCGUGAUUGAGAAUUUUCUGCAACUGAUCGAGAAAUCGAAUUACGCGGUGAACUCCUCCGGGGCGGACAUUCUCUACAUUCUCUCCAUGCUGGUGCACCAGUCCGUUUCCAGUACCAAGGCGGCCUUCGAUAUGGCGAUCGAGAAGGUUCUGAAGAAAGUACUAAUUCAGACGAACGAGUUCUCGCUCCAAUCCGGCAGCGCGGAGAUGAAACUGGCCGCACUCGGCCUGAUCACCAGUCUGUUGCCCAGCGUCAGCUACGAGUACUUCGGCCCGGGGAAGGUGGUUGCGGGGGACAAAGACGCGACCCUGUCGCCGAACAAGUCGGUUUCCAACAGCAGUGGCGGAAAGCUGAUCGAGUACGGGAAGUCGCUCACCUCGUUUUUCUUCCGAAAUAACAACGGGAACAAAGACAGCACGGAGAACACCGCGGACGGAAAGAAAAGCGGGAAAAACAGUCCGAAUAAUUCUCUGCAAGAGAAGGCUGUAUCUGGUGCAGCAGGUGGAUCAUCAUCGUCCGCUGUAGGUGCCAGCAGUACGGCCUUGACAACAACCACCUCCGGAAAUAACAAUCAGGGCGAGAAGAAUUUGACCACAUCUUCAGAGGCGGGGGGUGAAGGGGAAAAAAACAUUGCCGGGCAAAAUGUCCGAAGAGUUGAGUUUCAGAUCGUGCGGUCGAAGCAGCAGCGGCGGAUCGAUUUCUUCACGGAGAACGGGUUUGCGAACCUGAAAAAGCUCUCCGAGGCGGUCUUGCCGGAUGUGUUGGCGUUGCACGCUUCCGCGGGUUCUGCGGUGACGCGCGCGAUGAGCUGGAAUUGCCUCUUGCCGAUCGUUUUGCUGUACAGCGCGAAAGCGAAUGAAACGGCAGGGGAACAUCAAGUAGGAGAACAGAGAGACCACUUUGGGCUGUAUUUGCAGAAGAAUAUCGAUGUGAUGCAGCUGUACAGCACCUCGUCGGAGUCAAGCUACCUGGCUUGGCUGAUUCUCGUGGAAGCGCUGUAUAUCACACCUACAAGGGAGAAGAAAGACGCGUCCGUGUCUGACAUCCAGCAAGCAACGGCGCUCUACUCUUCUCCCGGCUCCGCACCGGAAAAAAUCGAACAGUUACUGCGCAGCGGGAUUUUCAGUGUCGUGCAGGAGAAUUACGCAAAAUUACAGUCCAGUAGUUCAUCUGCUUCUGACCGCGGCCUCCUGGAUGCGGAACUCCAGAUGGCGCCGCCGUCGACCCUCCGCGACCUGAUCCAGCUGGUAUCGACGAACAUUCUGACUUUUACGGUUUCCACUACCUCGACGGCCACUGGAGCGGUGCAAGACUUGUCUUCGAUGAAAAUCGCGGCGAAUCACCUGAACAACUGCGCUGCCAUGAUCAUCGCUGGCCUGCUGGACGCCGGCGAGUACGAGAAAGCCUUCCGGGGCUUGGGAUCCGCGAUCGCGGAGAACGAGAUUGUGGCCAACGAGGUUUUGGAAGUGAUUCUGCCGAAACUGUUGCCCAUCUUGCAAUUUGAUAGCAACACAUCUGCUGCUUCGGGCGGGGGCGCUGCAUUUUUCGGGGGCGGGGUUCAAGAUAAUGGGACGAUCAUGUUGAACAGCAGCGAGAAAUCCUCGUCCUACAUGGCGGAGCACAUGGCGAAGCUGCGACUGUUUUUGCAGAACGUGUUUGAAAAAAAUCACGUGUCCACUUCCUCAACCGGGAACGCAACCACUGCAGUGUCAUCGUCCGAAACCGCGUUGCUGCAGCUCAAGCGAUUUUUCGCGUUGUGCUUGAACAAUUUGACGCCGAAUCUGGUGGAAACUCUGCCCAUCCACCUGUUCCCCUCCAAGCCGCCGACCGCAUUGCUGGAAAUCCUUGCCAGCAAUGCCGCUGGUAGUAGCGGAAGUGCAGCUCCGGCCGGGAAGACCACCGCGGCGGGAGGGCAGUCUUCCGCGGCUGCCAGCAGUGCUCUGGCCGCGACCGGAGCAGGGGGAGCAGCAACGGCGUCGCGCGCGGAGACGGAUUUUUUGUCGCACCUGUCCGGAAAGUUGCCGCCGGAGUUGCAUUCCAGGCUGCUGCAGAAGUACGGUGCCUUGGAAGACGCUUUGGAGUCCGCGUUCUCGUCCGCCAGUGGGUCCGCGUCGUACUACGGCGGUGGCUCCAGCUUUGGUUUGUUCGGUGGGUCGGGCUACGGCGGAGCGUCGCGGCAGGUGGCGAAACCGAGCAGCAACCCGUUACCGCCCCACCUGCGCCCCAUCGCGGGGUGCGAGUCUUUCUCUCUGUUGUCUGAGAAUGUGAAGCAACUAUCGAAGCCCGUGAAAAUCCGCUUGAUGUGUGCGAAGCCAGAGAAAACCGAGAAAGAGGCUGCUGCGGCGAAAGACAAAAGUGCUUUAGCGGUGGCCUCCUCAGCUACUGUUGCGAAAGAUGGCGAUGAGAAGGAAGACAACAAGAAAACUGUUGCCGCUGCUGGUGCGCCGGGAGACAAAACUUCUGCAGAGAUGAAAACUUCCGCAGACGCAAAGACCGCUGGGUCCUCGUUACUGGAUGCCAGUUCUACUUCUAAGCCGUCCACCAAUGCCAAGUCUAUUUUCGCGGCCGCGUAUGAGGCUGAACGCGAGCGGGACAGGGCAAACCGCGACAAGGCGGAGAUGCUACUGGUCGAGCCAUUGGCCCACGUUGGCAGCAUUAUCGACUAUGUGCGGGACCGGCACCUGGGCGGGAGCCAUUCGUACGGUGGUGUUGCUGGGACCGGUACAGACAAGCAGGUCAUCGUUUACAAUGCCAAUGGGGAGGAGCUGCAGUCGGAUAUGAGCAUUGUUCGUGCACUGACGGAAGCAAGCCUGACGAAGAAAGUGUCUGUAGCCAGCACGUCAAAUAGUGCCAGAAGCAACACCAAAAAUGACCCCGCGAUGUACCCGUACCAGGCGGAUGUGUUCUUGGCCCAGGGCGUUUCCCGGCCGGAGAAGUUCCGCAGGAUUGGGGAACUAGCCGCGGAAGCCGCAGAGGUAGAUACCGCGGGUGGCGCUGAAAUAAAUGCGCAAACACGACCCCCAGCGGUUCUGACCAACACGCAGAUGGCGAAAAUGCGCAUCAAGGAUGCGCCGACGAUUUUCACGAUUCCAAAUCUUGGCGGCAAGCUGGGUGAGUUCGACCGGUUUUGCGUCAGCGGGAAAGAUUGCGUAUUUGCCGCGAGCAGCUUCAUGGAGAAGAGCAACCCAAACAGUACCUGGGGAACGGUUCUGUACUACGAAAUCGCGACCGCGGAGAAAAAAGCAGACACUUCUGCAGACGACGACCGCCCGGGCUCGAGCACGAAGGAAGAGCUGAUCAAGCAGGAGCUUCUGAAGGCAGCAGCUGCCGCUUCUUCUACGAUCCACCUACCCGACCCGCAGUUCAGCUCGGCGGCCUUCGCCACCACUGCUGCUGCGAAGAACCCGACGGGGCUCACGCUCGCGCCCUUCGACCCCGCUGCGCACAACACGUCCGCCACGGCGCAGACCGGUGGAAGCAAGGCGAAGAAGGGCGGUGCGAAAGACAACUCGAAGAAAGGCGCGGCCGCAAAGCAGUUGAAGAAGGAGGACAGCGAGGGGAAUUUGUACGCGGCGUUUCUGCAGAAAUCCCCCCUCUCCGAGUCCGAUGCCAACCGCAUGAACAGCCCGCCCGCGACCGCUCUCGACAGCGGAAGUAGUCCAGAAAUGGGUUUCGCGCAGCCGAAGGCGAGCGCCGGCACGUUUGGCGCUACGACGAGCAGUUCGAGCGCUGCGUUUUUGAAGACCUUCGGGGCGGAGCACCACGCCGCGGUCGCGGAAAAAUCGCUGCAGACCAGUAAGCCGCUGCUUUCCACACUAUCCUCCUCCGCAUCAAGCAGCUUUGCCAGCUUAAAAGCCGACUGGCUGGAAGGAAAUAGUGCCAACGAAGGGGGUAAAAAAGAUGACAAUGUUGACACGAAGAAUCAAGCACCGGGUCGUGGCGACUCGUCGGCAGAGGCGAAAGCUGCUCUGGCUUCGUACGACGCGAAUGUGAGUGCAGCGCUGUUUGGGUCGAGCGCGACGUCGUCCAGCGUCGCAGCGGCCGGUGCUGCUGCUGCUAGCACAUUUGGCAAGGAUCGUCAAAUAGACUCGGCCUCCGGCGCGUCAGCUGCCAAAGAAAAAGUUCCAGCAAUGUCGUCCGCGGACUCCCUACUGGCCUACACGGGGAAAACCGCUGCAGCCGCGACCAAAGCGCACCGAGAUCAUGCGGGUGCAACUUCGAGUUCAAAAGACAAGCACAAACUCUCGCACAAGAUCGAUCGCGACGUGCCCAGCUACGGGGAGCCGUUUGUGUGCGAGUCGGAGCUCGACCGGCUGGCGCUGCUGAUCCGGUUUUCGCAUUUGUCGCUGAAAUCCAUGAGCCGGGACGCGAUUUGCAAGGUGGAAAAGUUCUCCGUGCCGGUCAAGGUGAGUGCAUCCUCCUCUUCGAGUAGUGGGGCCGCUAAGGAGAAACAAGGAGCCGCUUCGUGCUCUUCGAAGGCGGCAGCGAGUAGCGCGGAAAAUUUCUACAAACAGCACUCCUCUUCGAGCUCGGCAUCCAGCAGUGCCAAAUUGAUGCAACAGUUUUCCGACGAGUUACCGAGCGUGCCGAGUGCAUCGUCCUCCUCCUCCGCGCUUGGAUCUUUCGAGAGUGUGGCGAAACAGAAAUCCGCAUUCAUCUCGAGCACGAAGACCAGUUCCUUCAACUCUGGUGCGGCUUCCGCCUUGGAAAGCAACAGUUUACAGCUACAACAACGUCGCCUCAUUUUCGCAAAUACGGGCUUGACGGAGGCGGAAAUGCAAAACCAGCUGGGUGCUUCUAGUCAUCUCUCCUCCGGUCCUACACCCGCCGGAGCAGGCGCCGGAUUAGUUGCGACGUCCGAUGCAGUGGGAGCAAUAAACCAGUUCGCACAACAAGAGCAGGCUGCGUCUCUGGUACCGGAGUUUGAGCAAAUCAUCGUCCCUGACGCGAAGUUGCGGUCGCUACUUGAGUUCCUCGCUAUUCUGUACCACAUUGGAGAGUACUACGAGCGACUCGCCGUGAUGCAGGUGUGGGAAUCGACCAAUGGGCUGAGUGUGCAGAAUCUGUUCAACACGAACGUGCACUUUCUGGAGAAGCUCGAAUCGGAUUGCUUGACGACGCACGCCUUGAAGCAGCUGCACGAUCCGGUGUCGGUCGCUAGUCGGUGUUGCGCGAAAUGGCUCAUGGUAGUAGCGAACCGGAAUAAUUUCCUGUUCUCCAAGCCGGCCAAGAAGGCCCUUCACCAGGGCAUGUGCUUAGGUAAAUAAUUGUGCUGCGUUUGUUCUUUUAAGAUCUGACCCUGUGUUCCUUUAGAUUUCUUCGGAAAAUUGAUACUUUUGGUGACCUCAUGCGCACGCGCAUGUAUCAUGCGGAACACCGUGGUGUUGAGGCCGCGCAGUAGCGCGUCAACAGGCAUUGCCGCGCCGUCCUCUGUUUUGUUUGCAGAUCCGGAGAAACAUUCAUGCAUUGUGAUUGCAAUGAAGGAGCUGCCCGUGUUUGACCACACUAUUUAAAAAGAUAAAAGCAUGCGUGCAUCGUGGUGCAGUAGCAUGCGUGCUGUAGGAUGCAGCAUGAGUGCUGUAGUGCAGCUUGUGUUUGACCACGUUGCUCAGAAAUGCAGUAUGCGUGCUCUUGAGCAGUUCGUGUUUGACCACGCUGAUUGAGAAUAAGGCAUGCAUUCUGUGAAGGAGCUUGUGUGUUGACCACGCGUGCAAGAAUGCAGCGUGCGUGCGUCAGAGUGCAGCAGUUCAGGAAGAGGACGCAAUGAAGUACAAAAAAGACACCUACUUCACACCACAGGUUUGUCGCGAGCCUUGAACUACGCCCAGAACCGCACGAGCCAGCAAAGCAAUAACAAUAACACCAGCAAUAGCAACAAUAACCGGAUCCUUGCCCCGAUUCCGCGGCAGAAGGUGAGAAUACAGCGGCAUCGAAUGCUGGACUCCGCGAUCAAGCUCAUGUCGCUUUACAGCACGUCUCCGGCGAUUCUGGAAGUCGAGUUUUCCAACGAAGUUGGCACAGGAAGCGGGCCGACGCUGGAAUUCUACAGUACCGUGGUGGAGCUCUUGAAGCAGCCAGUAACCACAAGCAGGCAUGGGAACAGCAACGCCGCGAUUCUACCCAUGGAUAGCGAUCCCGGUACUCUUUCGCUUCUUUCUUUUUGCUUUCAAGGUUUCUAGACAAUAUUAAUGCAACUCGCAUUCAUACACGGCAAGGGCAACCGCCUCCAUACCAUCCUGCGUAAACUUCCCCACGAUGCUGUGGUGUGAGCUACCUAUAACGGACUUCUGAGCCAAUAUUGAUUUCAAGGUUUCUAGAGAAUAUUAAUGCAACUCGCAUUUAUACACGGCAACCCCAACCGCCUUCAUACCAUCCUGCGUAAACUAUCCCACGAUGCUGUGGUGUGCGGUACCCAUAACGGACUUCUAAGCCAAUAUCAAUGCUUGCAUAUGAACAUUUCUAGAUACUUGAAAGCAAAAAGAGAGAAGCGAAAGAGUCCGUUAUGGGUAGCGCACACCGCAGCAUCGUGGGAAAGUUUACACAGGAGGGUACGGAGAGGGUUGCCGUGUAUCAAUGCGAGUUGCAGUACUAUGUAGAAAAUCAUCGAGUUCGAUGUAGCCAGCCUGCGUGGAAUUGCGGUACAUUGAAUCUUCUUCUUUAUCAGAUAACGUCCGUCCACCGCCUACCACGCAAUCCCAGCCGAGUCAGGGGCAAUCGCAGCCGGCUUCGUCCUCCAACGCCAAGCGAAGCUACGCAGUAAAGACCAACCUGUUCCGCACGGCGCAUUCUUCCCCGUACCUGUUCCCGAACCCGCUCACGGCCCACGAUGAUAAGCAAGUGGCGCUUUCGUACUUCAAACUGCUUGGUCAGCUGGUAGGGAAGGCGCUCCUAGACCAGCGUUUGCUCGACCUGCCACUGCAUCCGCUUUUUUGGCGUAUGGUGAAGUCCACGGCAAACGAGCCUUCCAUGUUUUCCACUAGCGACCUACGAUUAAUCGACCUGGAACUCUUUGAAUCGCUGAACAAACUGCGCAUCCUGAACGAGGACGAUCUGGAGGAUCUGGAGCUGACGUUUGUUUUACCUGGGUACGAAGGCUACUCCCUAUGCGACGCCGGCGAAGACCGUUUGGUGACGAAGGUAUUGACAAGAGCAGUUCUGUACUUUUAACGCCGGGUCAUGUUGAAAAUGGAUCUAUCCGUGCCAUCACGACCGGGAAGACUUCUGCAUCCGUCAUGCUUGUAAGAUCAGCCAUGCAUAUCAGCCAUGCAUGAGCAUGCUGUUUUAGCAAUCAUGUUGAUAGAGUGACUGAAGCAUGACGCAUGCUGGUUACGCGGCUUCAGGCUGCUGGAGCCCGCGUGCGUUCUUGCAUUGCCACCGUUGGUAUCGUGAGAUUCGCUUUGCCAUGUUGUUUUCCUAAAGAACUACUUCUGUGAUUGGAAUCACGUGGUUUGCUGCUAAUUAUAAAUGAAGAGUAUACGGCAGGCGCGGUUUGCAUAGUUUUGCCAUGAAGUUCACGCUGCAGAAAUUUUCGGCCGUUUGUGCGAGUAGAAAUUUUCAGCAUGCCCUCCGCACCAGAGCGCAAACGUUCCAAGCUCUGCACUAGCUUGAACGCAUGCCAUACCGCCCGCAAAUUUGAAGGUGUAUGAUACUAGACACCGGCGCCAUACCCGCGCAAAAGGAUUCGGAUUCAAAAAGGCUUGCUAGGACGAAUCCGCGUCCCACGUGAAAGACCACAUCCUGGAAGUGGGAUUCGGUUUUGCUCGGUGACCCGCCAUCCCGUGCGCGUUAAAGUUCUCUGACCGAAUCGGCGGCUGUUUUUGUUUGUUUAUGCAAGCAUCUUCAUGGCAGCUGGUCAUCGUGAAAGUAGGAGCGUUACGAAGCUUUUACCUUUCGCCGCCCCAAUGCGAAGUUGUCUGUACCAAGUCGCGAAUAGCGCGCUAGUAGUGAACAUUUUGAAACUAAAGGCACAUGCAUCGUUUGCGGCUUCUCAUCACUGUACAGCUUCGCAAGGUGGAAUUCAAUCCACGGUUCAGCUUCUUUCAUCUUUUUGUUUUGUUGUAAAAGGUAAUGGCCUUUUUUGUUUGAAUAUGAAUUGCAACGAAAAUCCAAAUCUCCGCAGGCCAACCUGUCCGAGUACAUUUCCCUCGUUGCCUACCACGUGUUGUACGGGUCGAUCCGGCAGGUUAUCCUGGAGUUUCGGCAAGCCUUUCUAACCAUUCACACGGUGGAGUCCCUGCGGAUUUUCAGCGAGCACGAGCUCUCUCAGCUGAUCGUGGGCGCCAGCAGCCGCGACAACGAAUUUUGGACGCUGGAGCACCUGACCAAGCACAUUAUACCCGCGCACGGGUUUACAAGGGAGUCCAGUACCUACGCUGACCUGCUCACCUUUCUCACUGAGCUCUCCUUCGAGAAGCGAAAACUGUUUCUUUCCUUCGUCACGGGCGCGCACUCUUUGCCCGUGGGAGGGUUCGCGGGCUUGAAGCCGCAGCUGCAGGUGGUGAAAAAGGAGGAGUCGAGUCCGGACCUCUUUCUGCCUUCCGUGAUGACCUGUGCGAAUUACCUGAAGAUGCCGCAAUACUCCACCCCGGAAAUUUUGGAAAAGAAGAUGCUGCAAGCGAUUUCGGGAGACGGCCAGUCGUUCCUACUUUCGUAGGGGAGCGCAGCUUCACUUCUAUGUUUGCGGUCCACUAGUGUUUGUCUCAUGCCGCUAGAGCUGCUGAUUUUCAUACACUUCGUAGCGAGAAGCACUAGCAAAGGAAACAAGUAAUAGCUAAACACAACAAGAAACUUGGACCAGGUUUUCUCCUACAAGUGUUUUUUUCAACUUUACUUCAACCCAGGCGAGUUGAAACGAAAAUACAUAGGAAAAAUAACACGAGGCUCUUUUUUCAGGCUACAUGCGAGUCUGAAAAACUAGUUCAAAUAAAGCGAGGACAAGAAGUUUUUGACAUUCGCAAAAAGAUACAUUCCCUGGUUAUGGGCUUUUCGAAAAAACUCAUUCUGUAAUAAGCACGUGUAAUCCUGUACUUCAACGAAAGCGACAACUGGGCUACACUUUUUUUAUGCGGUACCCACACCAAUUACGAGUUUUGUGCAGCAAACGUGAACUAUGUGCAAGUCCCUGUUUUUGUUUGUGUUGUUGCUUGAUGCGUUAUUUUGAUGCGGUUGGGUUUUGCAUGAAGUGAAGCGGGAUAUCAUUUUAGCCAUGUUGUUGAUCCUUCUGGAAGCGUCGUCCGGAUGACAUUGUGUAGUUUAUUGUGCAGAUGAAUUCGCAGUAGAGGCUUGACAUCUUGCAUUUUCUUUCUUGGUGGA